UAAUCGGCUUAGAACCGUCAUUGCAAAAAACUUUCUUUUAAUAUGUUAUUCUGUAACCGAAAAUCUUAAAAGCGGUCUAGAGUGUUGCGGGGGUUAAAUCAUGAACACUGAUUCAGCAUGAAGAAUACUCUCGAUGUUUCGUUUAUAUUGCACACGUUCGAAAUGAAUGAUGAAAGCUUGACACUAUUGUAGUUACUCAUUGUUUUGGGCUACGGCCAGCUUCUAGAAAGAACGAAUUUGUUGUUUUGCGGGGGUGAGCGGACGUCUUUCUGUUUAGUCGGAAAUAACCGAGAAGCGACGAUUUGUCAACGGAGUUAGAAUAUGAUUAUUUGUGCAGUGCAUGUGUUCAGUACGGAAAUUACCGAACUAAAACGAUUGAGUAUAAAUAUACUUCCACUUCAACCUCUAGGCUACCAGUUGAAUGCAGGGAAAUAUUUCGAGCGUUUGUUAUUAAACGUGCACAGGAAGAAUUAAAUACAGGUGACCUCGCUCGCACAACAUGACAGCUAUCGGCAUAGACCUGGGCACGACAUACUCGUGCGUUGGCGUGUUCCAGCACGGCAAGGUGGAGAUCAUCGCUAACGACCAAGGCAACCGGACCACGCCCAGCUACGUGGCCUUCACGGACUCGGAGAGGCUUAUCGGCGAUGCCGCAAAGAACCAGGCCGUCAUGAAUCCGUCGAAUACCGUGUUCGACGCCAAGCGUUUGAUUGGAAGGAAGUUCGACGACGCCACCGUUCAGGGUGACAUGAAACACUGGCCGUUCAAGGUCAUUAACAAGGGCAGUAAACCAAUGAUAGAAGUGGAAUACAAAGGGGAAAGGAAACUCUUCUCCGCCGAAGAAAUCAGUUCAAUGGUUUUGACGAAGAUGCGGGACACGGCGGAGGCGUUCCUGGGUCGCAAGAUCAAGGACGCUGUAGUGACAGUGCCGGCGUACUUCAACGAUUCUCAGCGUCAGGCCACCAAGGACGCCGGCGCAAUAUGCGGACUUAACGUGCUCCGCAUAAUAAACGAGCCGACGGCGGCGGCAUUGGCGUAUGGACUGGACAAGAGCCUCUCCGGCGAGAAGAACGUCCUGAUUUAUGACCUCGGCGGCGGCACAUUCGAUGUGUCUAUUCUUACCAUAGACGAAGGCUCGAUGUUUGAGGUGAAGUCCACGGCAGGCGACACGCACCUGGGCGGAGAGGAUUUCGAUAACCGAAUGGUUACCCAUUUUGUUAAAGAAUUUGAGCGCAAAACCAAGAAAGAUAUUAGUAAAAAUGCACGCGCAAUUCGGCGUCUGCGAACCGCAUGCGAACGUGCUAAACGUACGCUUUCCUGUAGUUCGGAGGCAAGCAUUGAGAUAGACUCCUUACACGAUGGCGUCGAUUUCUAUACGAAGAUUACACGCGCGCGAUUCGAAGAGCUGUGUGCGGAUUUGUUCCGGGGAACGCUGGAACCUGUAGAAAAAGCACUCAAAGACGCAAAAAUGGAAAAAGGGAAGAUAAACGACAUCGUGCUCGUCGGAGGCUCGACGCGAAUUCCCAAAGUUCAGCAAUUGCUCCAGGACUUUAUGAACGGAAGAGAACUCAAUAAAUCUAUCAACCCGGAUGAGGCUGUUGCGUAUGGCGCGGCGAUCCAGGCGGCGGUGUUGUCGGGAGAUACAAGCGAGUCGAUCCGAGACGUGCUAUUGGUAGACGUCGCGCCGCUCUCUCUGGGCAUAGAAACGGCGGGCGGAGUCAUGACGCAUCUCGUGGACCGGAAUACCCGAAUACCGGCGAAAACGUCGAAAACGUUCACAACGUAUUCGGACAACCAGCCUGCUGUUUCUAUACAGGUUUACGAAGGCGAGCGCGCUAUGACGAAGGAUAAUAAUUUACUCGGGCGUUUUGAGCUGACGGGAAUUCCCCCGGCUCCAAGGGGAAUUCCACAGAUUGAAGUCACGUUCGACGUCGACGCUAACGGCAUUUUGAACGUGUCCGCCGAAGACAAGAGCACCGGAAAAUCCAACAAGAUAACGAUCACGAACGAUAAAGGGCGAUUAUCCAAAGCGGAAAUAGACAAAAUGGUUAACGACGCGGAAAAGUACAAGGCGGAAGACGACCGACAACGUGAACGUGUCACGGCGCGCAACCAGCUCGAGAGUUACGUCUUCUCGCUGAAGCAGGCGGCGAACGACGCCGGCAGCAAGCUGACCGACGCCGACAAACAAACGGUAAACUCUAAGUGCGAUGAAGCGGUGAGGUGGCUGGAUGACAACAGUCUAGCGGACAAAGACGAGUUCGAGCAAAAGAAAGAGGAACUUCAGCGGACAUGCGGUCCCAUUAUGACAAAACUGCAUAAAGCCGCCGGUGGAAAUAGUUCUUCAACUGCCGGCGGCGGGAGUGGUGGGCCAAAGGUUGAAGAGGUUGAUUGAAACAAACAUGUACUUAUUUAUUUAUGUACGACUGUUUUGGACUAAGUGUAUCUGUCAUAGUCAAUCUGCCAUUUUCAAACAAAUAAUAAAUAGUGAACUUGUAUUUUAUUUUAUAAUGGAUUACUUAAUGUAUAAUAAAAGCAGUAAAACCAUCUUAAAUAAACUACGUGUCUUAUCGAGUGUUUUUUCGUUGCUUUCACUAGGGUACUUUUUAUGCAUAUUGCAAUUUUAAAAUUGUACUCUUGUGCUGUUUUGCUAAUAUAGUAAACAUUUCUGUGAAAAUAUUUAUUAUUUUACGCACUUAUUUUGUAUAA